AUAUCCAGAAGCACAACAAGAAACUUUGCGCUCCGGGGUGGGUGCCGAGUGCAAGACUUUUUUGCAGAGCACAGCUAACAGGAAACUUCAGGGAGUGUGAUGCCGCGGAAAGCUUUCAGCAGGUGUUUCACAACUCCCCUAGCAGCUCUGCAUGACAACUGACAAACCCAGUUGAUAAGUGCUUGACUGGAUUGUGUUCAUUUACCGUGGCUGGACAAACUUGCUUUAAAAUGACAACCUUUGUAGAGGAGGGCAGGUUCUUGUAGAACACGACUUUCCGCUUUAGGCUCAAGAUGUACUCCACGUAGGUUUGGCAAAUUUGCCAUUACAUAUCACAGAUUCAAAAGAUGAUCCUCGCACUGACAUUGCUUUUUUGCAACAUUGGGACGUUGUGUUUGUCCCUCCGGGUCUACUGGGAGACUGGAGAAGCUUUUGGUCAUGUGCAAGGCAAGAGCGAGGCAGAGAUCUGCGACCACUUGACACGUGGCACGGCGGACGAAACGGUAUUGACGACACGGUCGAUCUUCUCGCUUGCAUCAGCAGCCUUCGAAGAAGGUGAUGGACGAAACGGGAUUGCCGUGUUGCGCUGCCUUGUGGGAUUGAACAUCUCCUUGAACGUCCGAAAUGCCGAAGCAGAAACCUUGCUCUUUCCAGCCAUUCGAUCUGAAAAUGUGGAUGCAGUGGCUUUCUUGAUCAAAUCUGGGGUGGCAGUGACUCUCAGAAGUGACAAACAGGAAUCGCCUGCAGAGAAAGCAAUAGUGCAAGGAUGUGGAAGAUGUUUGGAGAAGCUGCUGGAUGUGGGAGUCAAUCCCAAUGAAACUUCCCCAGCCAAGUGCAGGCAAAAGUACAAAGUCACCUGCAAGACUGGAUGGACAUUGGUGCAUUAUGCCACAGCUUUUGGGGGUGAUGGAACAUUCCUAAAGAUCCUGAAGGAUCACCAUGCGGAUUUCAACGCGCGGGACGCCCAUCGAUUGAGUCCCGUCCACUGGGCCGUCUUGCGCCAGAAGAUCCAAGCGCUCUCGAAACUUGGACACUUCGGCGCCAGUUUCGACGUGUCGGACAAGCAGGGCUACACUCCCGCCCAUUUGGUUUGUAAUUUCCUGAAGAACAAACCCGAGAGCGUGCGCUAUUUGGAAAUUAUAAAAAGAAGUGGAGGCAGACUCAAUGCCACAGAUCAGCACAAGCAGACACCAGCUCACAUUUGCGCGAGGAAGGGGGCAUCACAUCUCCUCAAGUUCCUCUAUGAAAAUACAAAAGAAUCCUUUGAGGUUGUCGACUCAAAUGGAAAGACACCAGAAGCUCUUGCGACGGGUGCCGCUGGGCUGUUUUUGGCCAAUGCGAAAGCUGCGCAAGAGAAGAAAAGAGCUGAGGAAGAGAAGACAAGAGCGGAGGAAGAGAAGAAAAGAGCGGAGGAAGAGAAGGACAAAGCCGAGAAUGCAACUGCAGAGAUCAAGCGAAUAGCAAGGCAAGAGAGAGUCCUUGUAGAGAAGUGCAAGAACCUGUCCAUGGACGUCGACCAGCUUUUUGACUGUGCCAACAACACGGCCAUCAAGGUCCCACAAGGCUUUAUGCUUGCGGGAGAGAAGUUUUGUCCUCAUGGCAACUUGUCCUGCGCAGUCCUGUGCCCGAAUGCCUGGGCAUGUCCAAACCACUCAGUGGCCUUCAUCAAUGACGCCAUUGAGACGAAAGAAAACCAAUGUAAGGAAGGCUAUGACGAGAAAUCUGAAGGUUGCAGCAGGUGUGCGGCUUCCUAUGGGCGCCAAAGAGAGGAUCCUUUUCAAUGUAAGAAAUGCCGAAAACCGUGGCUUCAAUGGCUUGCUUAUGUUGCCAAACCGACCGGCAUCUAUGCUGUCAGCCUCUGGACGGCGCAGAAGGUGGAGAAGGGUCGCCUGGGCUCUCUCCUGAAGAUUUGGCUUGCCUUUGGUGUGGUGGUCGCUUCCAUUUUACCAAGCAUCACCUCCUCGCACAGGGUUGAGGCUGUACAUGCCCAUUUUGCCGAGUUCGCAAAGGAUUCUGUGGAAACAGGUGGAGAAACAGCAUCCAUGGCGACGCUGAUCAGUGGUCCAAGCUACGAUUGCUUGCUUGGCGGAGAAAGCGCCUCGAUGACGGCGUGGCUGGGGCUCUCAUGUGCUCCAAUGUUGGUGCUGUGGGUGCUGACGGUGCUGUGGGUGCUGGUGCAGUCUAUGCAACUUCAAGAGACCGAAAUGCAGAUGCAGCGGCUGAUGGAGGGUGCUUUGAAAACCAGCAUCGUCAUCAUCAACUGUUUCCUUCCGGAUGUGGUGGCAGCGCUGAUGCGGUUCUUCCCCUGCAUGCAUUUCCAAUACCCGGAACGGAGCCAUCGUUACUUGCAGUUCGAUGUGACCACAAAAUGCCACGAUGUGAUCCCGCAGCGGAUUGGAGCGAUCCUGUCUGCCUUUUCCCUGGGCGCUCUCCUGGGUCCUGUGUACUGGCUGAUGGUCGUACAGAAAUCGAAGGAGUGGCCAAACCGCAAGCUUACGCUGGGGUUUCUCAUUUCCGGCUACAAGGAGAAGGUGUGUUGGUGGGAAGCAACAGUGUUGGUGCGCAAAUGUGCAGUGGCGGUGGUCAUUGCGACGUUUUCAGCCACGUACUCACCUAUGCUUUACCUUUCGAACUUGCUCAUGGUUGUAGGCACAGCACUUGCCUGUCACGCCUUUGUGCAGCCGUACAACGACAAGUUCUUGAACAAGUUGGAAUUUGGCACACUCAUGGCAUCGUUCGUGGCUGUGUUCUGCACGUGCCUCCUGAAGCUCGAGUCGCUGGACUGGGCCGCUGACCGGGCCGUCACCAUUCCAGCCCUUGUGGUUCUCUUUGUCGCGGUGACCGUGCCUUCGGUUGGGCUCAUGGUCUUGUAUGUCAAAGAGCUAGUGAUCAGCUCUCCGAUGGUGGCCUGGACGAUGAUGGUCUGUGCAGCUCGCCAUCGUUUCACGAACGAAGACGACGGCCUCUAGCCACCAGCCUCGAGGGGACGACGGGAGCUUCCCGUUUCAAUUCAGCUGGAGCGUCUGCUCGAACGGAACGUCUGCUUGACGGACAAAAAGGCAGCCGAUGCGGUGCGAUGAUAAAGACGACGUCUUUCAUUUUUGCAUAAAGACGACGUCGGGUUCGGAAGGGUUCCGGGGUUGGUGUGUGAUUCGAAAGGUUGGACACAUCAAUUUAUCCCUGUUUGGUC